AUGGACGACACUUACGAUAACAGGACUUCUCUGGCCAAGGGGGCCAAGGGCAUAGUGAAGGAGGCCAAACGGCACGCCGCCAAGAAGGUGGGCAAGGUGGUGGACCGCGCCACGGACGAGUACUCGUCCCACCGCAAUUACACGCGCUUCCAGGACGACGAGGAGGACGAGGGCGAAGAGUUCUACCGCGGCGACGCCGGCAACGGCGCCAAGGAUGGCGGGGGUUCCCGUGACAACGACGAGGGCUCGAGCGACGCCACGGAGGGCCACGACGACGAGGACGAGAUCUACGAGGGGGAGUACCAGGGCAUCCCCUCCAACGGGAAGCCCGGCGGGGGGAAGGUGGCGCUGGGGCAGCCGCUGUCGGACGCCGGCCGGGACAGGAAGGAGCUGGAGCAGGAGCGGCAGGCGGACGAGGAGGAGCUGGCCCAGCAGUACGAGCUCAUCAUCCAGGAGUGCGGCCACGGGAGGUUCCAGUGGCAGCUCUUCCUGGUGCUGGGGCUGGCGCUGAUGUCGGACGGCGUGGAGGUGUUCGUGGUGGGCUUCGUGCUGCCCAGCGCCGAGACGGACAUGUGCGUGCCCAACUCCAGCUCUGGAUGGCUAGGCAGCAUUGUGUACUUGGGGAUGAUGGUCGGUGCGUUUUUCUGGGGGGGGAUGUCAGACAAAGUGGGCCGGCGGCAGUGUCUACUCAUCUGCAUGUCCACCAAUGGCUUCUUUGCCUUCCUGUCGUCUUUUGUCCAGGGAUAUGGGGUCUUCCUGCUCUGCCGGGUCUUUGCAGGCUUCGGGAUAGGGGGCGCUGUGCCCAUCGUUUUCUCAAUGUUUGCGGAGGUGCUUUCCAGGGAGAAGAGGGGAGAGCACCUCAGCUGGCUGUGCAUGUUCUGGAUGAUCGGAGAGAUCUACGCGUCAGCCAUGGCGUGGGCCAUCAUACCCCACUACGGCUGGAGUUUCAGCAUGGGCUCAGCCUACCAGUUCCACAGUUGGAGGGUGUUUGUGGUGGUGUGUGCCCUGCCCUGCGUCUGUGCCGUGGUGGCCCUCACCUUUAUGCCUGAGAGCCCCAGGUUCUAUCUAGAGGUGGGGAAGCAUGACGAGGCCUGGAUGAUCCUCAAGCAGAUCCACGACACCAACAUGCGGGCGCGGGGGCUGCCGGAGAAAGUCUUCACCGUGAACAGAAUAAAGAUCCCCAAGCAACUGGAUGAACUGGUGGAAAUGGAAUCGGAAUCUGGCAACCCGGUCUCCAAAGCAUUCUUCAGAAUCAAAGCGGAGAUAUAUGGGAUCUAUGUGAAUCUGAAAAAGUGUUUCAACUACCCCAUGCGGGACAAUAUGAUUCGCCUUGCCAUCGUGUGGUUUACGUUGUCGUUUGGGUACUAUGGGCUGUCAGUGUGGUUCCCUGAUGUCAUCAAGCACCUCCAGGCGGAUGAUUACGCCUCCAAGGUGAAGAGCCACAGCAACGAACGCAUUGAGGACAUUACCUUCAACUUCACCCUGGAGAACCAGAUUCACACCAACAGCGUCUUCGUCAACGACAGAUUCAUCGGCAUGAAGUUGAGGUCGGUCACCUUUGUGGACUCCACCUUCCGCUCCUGCUACUUCGAAGAUGUCACAUCGGUGGGCUCCAUCUUCCGCAACUGCACCAUUAUCGGAUCUCAAUUCUUCAAUACAGACAUCGAUGACUCCAAGUUGAUCGAUGGCACCGAGGUGAUCAACAGCACUUUCGUGCACAACAAGACGGGCUGCCAGAUGACGUUUGAUGAUGACUACAGCGCCUACUGGGUCUACUUCAUCAACUUCCUGGGGACCCUGGCUGUACUGCCGGGAAACAUCGUGUCUGCUCUCCUCAUGGACAAGAUCGGCCGCUUAUCCAUGCUGGGUGGCUCCAUGGUUCUGUCGGGCAUCAGCUGUUUCUUCCUGUGGUUUGGCACCAGCGAGUCCAUGAUGAUAUUCAUGCUGUGCCUGUACAACGGCCUGAGCAUCUCAGCGUGGAACUCCCUGGACGUGGUCACCACAGAAUCCUUCCCCACAAGCAGGAGGGGGACAGGGUUUGGCUUCUGCAACGCCCUGUGUAAGCUGGCGGCCGUGAUGGGGAACCUGAUAUUCGGCUCCCUGGUGGGCAUCACCAAGGCCAUCCCCAUCCUCAUGGCCUCGUCCGUCCUGGUGGGCGGCGGCCUGGUGGCCCUCCGGCUCCCAGACACCCGGGCAAAUGUACUCAUGUAA